AUGGCAGUUGCUCUGGCCACUCGCUCGCGCAGCUUCUGUGUGUACCCAGCUCCUGACCCCCCCCUCCUUCCCCUUUGCUCUCCUCCUUUCUCAGGAACACGGUGCUUUAGCGAACUGUUUUUUGUGAAAGAGCCUCAGGGUGUGACGGUGGCUCGCAAGGAGGCCGUGGUUCUCGACUGCCAGGCCCGGGGAGAAGGCUCCAUCACCGUCACGUGGCUCAAAAAUGGAGCGAAGGUCCCUGAGAACGAGCGGAUCUACACCUUGUCCAACGGUUCUUUGUACAUCAGCGAGAUGGAGGGCAAGCGAGGGGAAGCUCAGCCGGACGAAGGGGCCUACCAGUGCCUGGCCAUGAACAAGUACGGCGCCAUCCUCAGCCAGAAGGCCCACCUCACCUUAGCCACCAUGUCUGCGUUUGAAGUUCAGCCUUUUUCAGCCGAGGUCCGUGAAGGGACCGUGGCUCGGUUCGCCUGCAAGAUAUCGGCCAACCCCCCUGCCAUCAUCACGUGGGAAGUGAACCGGAUGACUUUGCCAAUCGCCACGGACAGAAUAACUGCAUUACCAUCUGGAGUGUUGCAGAUCUAUGGUGUCCAACAGAAGGAUGCGGGAAAUUAUCGCUGCGUUGCUACCACCGUGGCCAACAGGCGGAAGAGCAUUGAGGCGACACUCACAGUUCUUCCAGCCUCCAACACGAAGCUUCUCCACAAGCCGUCCAUCAUCGCUGCUCCUCAGAACGUCACCGCUUCUCUUCACCAAACCGUCAUUUUUGAGUGCGUCGCCACAGGGAAUCCAAAACCUAUCAUUUCCUGGAGUCGCUUAGACCACAAGUCCAUUGAUGUUUUCAACACCCGGGUGCUCGGAAAUGGGAACCUCAUGAUCUCGGACGUGAAAGGGCAGCAUGCCGGCGUCUACAUCUGCCGCGCCACCAUUCCCGGCACUCGCAACUUCACCACGGCCAUGGCUGCGCUCGUGGUGCUCGCUCCUCCUUCGUUUGUGGAGUGGCCGGAAAGCUUGACGAGGCCCCGAGCGGGAACAGCCCGCUUUGCCUGCCAGGCGGAGGGUGUCCCAGCCCCCAAAGUCUCCUGGCUGAAGAACGGCAGGCGGAUCCACUCUAAUGGAAGGAUUAAGAUGUACAACAGCAAACUGGUCAUCAACCAGAUCAUUCCCGAAGACGACGCCAUCUACCAGUGCAUGGCAGAGAACAGCCAAGGGUGCAUCCUCUCGAAGGCCCGGCUGACGGUGGUUCUCUCUGAGGACCGGCCCAGCGCCCCUUGCAACGUCCACGCGGAGACCAUGUCCAGCUCGGCCAUCCUGCUGGCCUGGGAGAGGCCACUUUACAACUCGGACAAAGUCAUCGCCUACUCCGUGCAUUACAUGAAGGCAGAAGGCUUGAAUAACGAAGAAUACCAAGUUGUUAUUGGAAACGACACCACCCAUUAUAUCAUUGACGACCUGGAGCCUGCCAGCAACUACACCUUCUACAUUGUGGCCUACAUGCCCAUGGGGGCCAGCCAGAUGUCCGACCACGUGACGCAGCCCACCCUGGAAGAUGUUCCUCUGAGGGCUCCCGAAAUCAGCUUGACCAGCCGCAGCCCGACCGACAUCCUCAUCUCAUGGCUCCCCAUCCCGGCCAAGUACAGGCGGGGCCAGGUGGUCUCCUUCCGCUUGUCCUUCCGGCUCAGCACGGAGAGCGCCGUGCAGGUUCUGGAACUUCCAGGCACGGCGUACGAGCAUCUCCUACAAGGCCUGAAGCCCGACAGCGUCUACUUGGUCCGUAUUUCUGCAGCCACACGGAUUGGCUGGGGAGAAGCUUCCCUGUGGACGUCCCAUCGAACGCCAAAGGCCACCAGCGUCCAAGCCCCCAAGUCUCCUGAACUGCGCCUGGAGCCGAUCAACUGCACUACGGUCUCGGUGCGGUGGCAGCAGGACCUGGAGGACACGGCGGCCGUCCAGGGCUACAAGCUGUACUACAAGGAAGAAGGCCAGCAAGAGAACGGGCCCGUCCUGCUCGAAGCCCGCGACCUGAUGCACACCCUCAGCGGCUUGGAUCCCCGGAGGAAGUACCACGUGAGGCUCCUGGCCUACAACGCCUUGGAGGAGGGCUACCAGGCCGACCAGACCGUCAGCACCCCAGGAUGCGUCUCUGUCCGUGACCGCAUGGUCCCCCCGCCUCCCCCUCCUCACCACCUGUACGCCCGGGCGAACUCCUCCUCCGCCAUCUACCUGCACUGGGGCCGGCCGGCCUUCACCUCCGCCCAGGUCCUCAACUACACGCUGCGCUGCAACCCGGUGGGCCUCCAGAACGCCUCGCUGGUGCUCUACCUUCAGACAUCUGAAACCCACCUGCUGGUUCAAGGGCUUGAGCCAAGCACCAAGUAUGAGUUUGCUGUUCGGCUGCAUGUGGACCAGCUCUCCAGCCCUUGGAGCCCCGUGGUAUACCACACAACCCUUCCAGAAGUGCCAUCUGGCCCCCCACUGGGGGUGAAGGUGACUCUGAUAGAGGAGGACACCGCCUUGGUGUCUUGGAAGCCGCCCAGCCGAGUCGGGACCACCGUCUCGCGAUACACCAUCCUCUACGCCUCACGGAAGGCCUGGAUUGCCGGCGAAUGGCAAAUCCUGCACCGGGAAGGAACGAUCACCAUGGCCCUGCUGGAGAAUCUCACCGCCGGAAACGUCUAUCUGGUUAAAAUAGCAGCAUCCAACGAGGUGGGGGAGGGUCCCUUCUCCAACGCGGUGGAGCUGGCCGUCUCGCCGAAGGAAGCCUCGGAGUCGAACCAGAGGCCCAAGCGCCUCGAUUCUGCCGACGCUACUGACCUAGCUUAUUCCGGCUACUACCAGCUGGACCAGAGGUCCAUGACGGGCAUCAUUGCGGGCGUCUGCAUCGCCCUGGCCUGCAUCGUGAUCUGCAUCCUGAUCCUGAUCUACCGCAGCCGAGCCAGGAAAGCCUCAGCCCCCAAGAGUCUCCAGCGGGGCCCCGAUCCGCUCUCUGGCCACAGCGUGGUCUCCUCCGUCGGGGCCACCGAAACGGGCAAGAGCCUGGAGGACGUGGCUGAGAAUACGGAGUCUUUGCUGCCCAUGAUGGCCGGAGGCAACUUCCUGGAUGCCAAGGGUGGGACGGACCUGAUCAUAAACAGCUUUGGUCCCAUCACCAAGAAGACAACGAAGAAGAAAUGGCUCUUCUUUCCAAACUCCACCCAGAGACGAGCUGCCAAAGGGGUGCGUCUGUACCAGCCUGGCACACGUGCCAGCGUUCUCAUGGCCAAAGAGGGAAGCCCGGAGCAGGAGCUGCCGCAGCCCAACCACCGGACCUCCCUCUGUGUGGCUGCUGACACGGAGCAUUCCGCAAACAGUGAAGGAAGCCAUGAAACUGGCGAUUCCGGAAGGUUCUCUCACGAGUCAAACGAAGAACUGCAUCUCUCCAUCCUGGCGUCCACCUCCUACCCAGGGUGCAACGGCCGCCCCACCCCGAGGGCUUCCGAGGAGCCUCCAGACCCGAGCCGCUCUCCGCUCACGCUCCAGCUGUCGCCUGCAGGACAAGACUGA